AGCGCUUUGCAGUCGGAUGCCAAGCAGUUGCAAUACGAAGUGGUGAUGCAGCCAGUCAAGAUGCUUUCAAUGAUGCAGCUGUGUAACUUAUUGAGGAUCUGAGGGCCCAUGGCAAAUCUUUUCAGCCUCCUGAGGGGGAAGAGGCGUUGUCGAGCCCUCUUAGCGACUGUGUUGGUGUGUUUGGACCAUGAUAGGUCCUUAGUGAUCUGGGCCCGUAUCCUUAAAGAUUCUGAGAAUCCUCUCAGAGAGCUCCUAACUUAACCUAAAAAUUCCUUGCCAGGAGUUUUAGCUUAGAAGUGAUUCCAGAACAUUUUCAGUGAACUCUGAGCCAGGAAUGGAUGAAAAAUCCUAUCUUAGUGAGGAGGUGUGGUUGACCCCGUUGCUAGGUAUGAGUCAUCAUUUCAAAAGCCGUGAUUGGUUGAUCCUACAAGUUUGAUGAAAAUGAACUUUUGGUGAUAAUGAGCAAAGGAUGUACCCUCAAAUCAAUAAACAUAAUUAUACACUCUAAUCUUAUGCAGACUAUAAUUGUAAAUAAUAUUUCACAUUCAAGAAAAUAUCUGGAAAAUGAAUAGUAAGCUGUAGGGGUUAUAGCCUAACAUUAGAAUCUAAAAUAUGUGAAAACUUAAGCUCAUUACACCCUGUUCAAAUAAUGAUUUGUGUCUCAUUUGCUCAUAUUAAUAUCCUAGCUGGCAUAUUUUGUACUUUCACUUCCAUAUGGACCCCAUUGAAAACAAGAUGGCCUAUCUCAAGGGGCUGUCCUUAAUGAAGUAGAAAUUGCAACGUUACAACUCAGUGUGAACUUAACGAGGGUAACACAGCUCAGCUUUUAACAAUGUCUGUGAUUGCUGGCUGGUCUAUUUAUGAAGGCUUGUUAACAAAUAUCCUACAAACACAGAAAAUGGAGAAAAAAAGGAAUCGCAAGCCGAACUGGACUGAGGAGCAAGGUUUGUUGCUGGCCCAGUUGGUGAACGAACAUAAAGGUAUGUUACGAGGAAAAUUUGGCCCAACUGUCACUAGCCAAGGCAAGAGGCGCGCCUGGGACACAAUAUCCCAAACAAUCAAUGCCUCUUUUCCACUGGUGGUGCGGACAGGCGACAAUUGUGAGAAAAGGUGGUAUGUGCUGCAGUCCAAGGCAAAAGAUGAGAUUGCAGCACACAAGCGGGUAUCCUCACUCACAGGGGGUGGACCACCUGCAAAGCGGCUGUCCCAGGUGGCCGACACUGUCUUUCAAGUCCUGGGACACUCUGAGGUCAGUGUCACCGGGCUGCCAACAGGCAUUGACACGUCAAUGAUGCAGGCCCUUGAAAUGCAGCAAAGCAUGGAGCCAUCACAAGAACCGGGCCCAUCAAGUUUGCCGCCUGAACCAUCUGCAGCUGCUACUCAGGAUAGCCCGGCGGAUCAAACACCAUUCCCAUCCGCAGCACCUGCUCCGUCAGCAUCCCUGCAGGAGAGAAGAUUGCAACUCACAAUUGAUGUGUUUGAACAACAAAAAAAGUCCUUUCCCUUCAGGAGGAGUACUACCGCCUUAAAAUUGAACACCUAAAAAAUAAACCAUUUAGAGAUUGUGUUCUGUGUCUUGCAUUUAACAGUUGCAGGUGAUGUGCAGUAAAACUGUGGUAGUUCUUAAUACCAUCACAAGUUCUCAAAUGACAUGGGGCUACAGCUUGCCUGAAAUGUAAAUUUGUGAAGUUUGCCCUGUAAGGCAGUCCACUCUGGGCUAGGUUCCCCUGUGGAAUGUGAAUAUCUUCUUCACCACCAUCCUCAUCGUUGUCUCCAUCCUCAUCCUCAUCGCCAUCCUCCAGAGGUUCUGCAAUCUGUCUAACCUUGCAAAUAUUGUGUAAUAUUGCACAGGCUAUGAUGAGUUUGCUGA